AAAAUGUCCGGCAUCGCUCAGAGACUUCAGCACAACCGAGAUAAAGCUCACGGGAUCGGGACAAACGCUCACGCUGUGAAGUACCUGAACCAGGACUAUGAGAGUCUGAAGAGAGACUGUCUGGGGAGAGGGAGGCUGUUUGAGGAUGAAUACUUUGGAGCUGAGCCUUCAUCUCUAGGCUUCAAAGAGCUUGGACCUAAUUCCUACAAAGUCCGGGGAGUCACCUGGAGGAGACCAAAUCAACUGUGCUCAAAUCCACAAUUCAUCAUUGAAAAUGCAACCAGGACUGAUAUCUGCCAAGGAGCACUUGGUGACUGCUGGCUCCUUGCAGCUAUCGCAUCCCUGACCCUCAACAAACAGGUUCUGGCUCGUGUCGUCCCCCACGACCAGAGCUUUGACGAGGAGUACGCUGGAAUCUUUCACUUUGAGUUCUGGCAGUUCGGUGAGUGGGUGGAUGUUGUGGUUGACGACCGCCUGCCGACCAAAGAUGGAGAGCUGCUGUUCGUCCACUCUGCAGAGGGUUCAGAGUUCUGGAGCGCACUCCUGGAGAAGGCCUACGCCAAGGUCAAUGGAUGCUAUGAGGCCCUCUCUGGAGGAAGCACCACUGAAGGUUUCGAGGACUUCACCGGAGGGAUCGCAGAGAGGCACGACCUGGGAAAGGCCGAUCCCCACCUCUUCCACAUCAUCAGGAAGGCCUUGGAGAGAGGCUCCCUGCUGGGAUGCUCCAUUGAUAUCACGAGCUCGGCCGACUCUGAAGCCAUCACGCAUCGGAAGCUGGUGAAGGGCCACGCGUAUUCAGUGACGGGAGCCGAGCUGGUGGAGUUCAGAGGGAGGAGGGAACAGCUGAUCAGGAUCAGAAACCCGUGGGGUCAGGUGGAGUGGAACGGAGCCUGGAGUGACAAGUCUUCUGAGUGGAGAUACGUGAGCAGUGAUGACAGAGAAAGGCUGGUUAACCGCUGUGAGGAUGGAGAGUUCUGGAUGUCCUAUUCUGACUUCCUGCGUCAAUACUCUCGUCUGGAGAUCUGCAACCUCACCCCUGACGCGCUGACCGGUGAUGACUUCAAGAAAUGGGCGGAGACAGAAUUUGAAGAAACAUGGAGGAGAGGAACGACUGCUGGUGGAUGCAGGAACUUUCCGAAUACCUUCUGGAUGAAUCCUCAGUUUGUCAUGAAACUGGAAGAGGUGGAUGAUGACCCUGAUGAGGGUCAGGAGGGCUGCACCUUCAUGGUGGGUUUGAUGCAGAAGAACAGGCGCAGGAUGAGGAAAAUGGGGGAGGACAUGGAGACCAUCGGCUUCGCCAUCUAUGAGCUGCCUGAAGAGUACUCUGGCCUGAAGCAAGUCCACCUGAAGAGAAACUUCUUCCUGAGGAACAGCUCGUCUGCUCGCUCCGAGACCUUCAUCAACCUGAGAGAGGUGAGCAACCACUUCUGCCUUCCCCCCGGAGAGUACCUCAUCAUCCCGUCCACCUUUGAGCCCAACAAGUCCGGAGACUUCUAUGUGCGGGUGUUUUCUGAGAAACCGGCAGAUUUCCAUGAGAUCGAUGAUCCUGUUGAGAGCCAUGUGGAGGAGUCUGACAUCGAUGAAGACGACAUCAGCGACAGAUUCAAGAAACUGUUUGGACAGCUUGCCGGACAUGACGUGGAGAUCUGUUUGUUUGAGCUGCAGAAGAUCCUCAACAAAGUGGUGACGAGGAGAAAGGAUAUCAAAACAGACGGCUUCAGCCUGGCAACCUGCCGUAACAUGGUCAAUCUGCUGGAUAAAGAUGGAAGCGGCAAGCUUGGGCUGGUAGAGUUUAAGAUCCUGUGGACAAAGAUUGAGAAGUUUCUGGAUCUGUACAAAGAGAGAGACGUAGACCAGAGUGGAUGCAUGAACUCCGCUGAGAUGCGGAUCGCUGUGGAGGCUGGAGGUUUCUCUCUCAACAACCCUCUGCAUCAGAUCAUCGUGGCCCGCUACAGCGACCCAGACCUCAGCAUUGACUUUGACAACUUUGUGUGCUGCCUGGUCCGCUUAGAGUCCCUCUUCAAAACCUUCAAGGGGCUGGACAAGAAUGGGUCUGGUGUGAUAACGCUGGGAUUCAUGGAAUGGCUGAAUCUGUCGAUGCUGUAGACGAGCUCUCAGCGGUCAGAGUCAAGAAUCCAAACUUCUGAUGAAGAGUCGAGUUACCUGAAUGUUUACGGUGUGUUUUAGAGCAGCUUCUGGUUUGUAAAGGUUAAUCAAUGGAUGCAGGACUUGAGGGCAAAUAAUUUAUGAGCGAUUCAAAUGAAGCAACAAACAAGAAUAAACAAAUAAAAUGCAA